CUCCCCCUUGCUUUGCUCCUCCGGCUUAAUCUCUCAGCGAUUCCUCUGCCAGCUCCGAGGAAAGUGCAGCCAUUGGACAGACUGCUGCAGCCCUAGCCCUCCCUGGGCUCAGCUCUUUAGGGCUGCCCAUCCCUCCGGCUGCGAGAAAGGACGCGCGCCCUGCGUCGGGCGAAGAAAAGAAGAAAAACUUGUCGGAGGGGUUUCGCCAGCCCACAUUAACCCCCUUCCCGCAAACCCAAACCUCCCGCGGGGGCCGUCCCAACAUUGGGGAAAGUUCCUUCUGAGCCGACAGCCCUCUUGGAUUUGGAGAAGGCAGCCGCGCUGGCUGUGGAAUUAGAUCUGUUUUGAACCCAGUGGAGCGUAUCGCGGGGGCUCGAAAGUCACUGUCUCCAGGGACCCGGGUGGCGCUGCCUGUGCGGAACCGAGAGUUUGCGAGACCCGGCUGCAAGUGGCCUUUCCUCCCCGCAGUUGCUGUCCUGUGUCUGGGGUGAGGGCAGCGAGUGUUGUGGCAAGUUGCGAAGAGAGACCCGGAGGUCCAGAGAGAACUGCACCCCCCUCGCUCUCCCUUCUUCCUCUUCCCAGCUCCUGAGUGUGAAAUCCCAUCGAAAUUUACAGAGGCUCCAGGUUCAGCCAAGACCGGUCCGCAGAGCUUUGCCCGUCGUCCCCACCGUCCCCAUUCCCACCCGGAGCCCCCGAGCACACGGCGCGGAGGAACGACUGGCGGGAGGGGGAGGGAGGUCGCGGAGGCGGCAUGGCGAGGUUCCCGAGGGCCGACCUGGCCGCUGCCGGAGUUGUGUUACUUUGCCACUUUUUAAUGGACCGGUUUCAGUUCACUGAAGGGGAGCCUGGAAACCAAAUCAAUGACUGGCACUAUCAAGUUGCUCAGGUCUUCCCGCAAACAGAAGAGAAAGUGGAAGUGGACACACAUGCCUUCAGCCACCGGUGGAAAAGGAGCUUGGAUGCUCUCAAGGCAGUAGAUUCCAACCGAGCAAGCAUGGGCCAAGACUCCCCAGAGCCCAGAGGCUUCACGGACCUGCUGCUAGAUGAUGGGCAGGACAAUACCACCCAGAUUGAGGAGGACACAGAUCACAAUUACUAUAUAUCUCGGAUAUAUGGUCCCUCUGAUUCUGCCAGCCGGAGUUUGUGGGUGAACAUAGACCAAAUGGAAAAGGACAAAGUGAAGAUUCAUGGAAUAUUGUCCAAUACUCAUCGGCAAGCUGCAAGAGUGAAUCUAUCUUUCGAUUUUCCAUUUUAUGGCCAUUUUCUACGAGAAAUCACUGUGGCAACUGGGGGUUUCAUAUACACUGGAGAAGUUGUACAUCGAAUGCUAACGGCCACACAGUACAUAGCACCUUUAAUGGCAAAUUUCGAUCCCAGUGUAUCCAGAAAUUCAACGGUCAGAUAUUUUGAUAAUGGCACAGCACUUGUUGUCCAGUGGGACCAUGUACAUCUCCAGGAUAAUUACAACCUGGGAAGCUUCACAUUCCAGGCAACCCUCCUCAUGGAUGGACGCAUCAUCUUUGGAUACAAAGAAAUUCCUGUGUUGGUCACACAGAUAAGUUCGACCAAUCACCCAGUGAAGGUGGGGCUGUCUGAUGCCUUUGUCGUUGUCCACAGGAUCCAGCAAAUUCCCAAUGUCCGAAGAAGAACAAUUUAUGAAUACCACCGAGUAGAGCUACAGAUGUCAAAAAUUACCAACAUUUCAGCUGUGGAGAUGACGCCAUUACCUACAUGCCUCCAGUUCAAUGGUUGUGGCCCCUGUGUAUCCUCUCAGAUUGGCUUCAACUGCAGUUGGUGUAGUAAACUUCAAAGAUGUUCCAGUGGAUUCGAUCGCCAUCGGCAGGACUGGGUGGACAGUGGAUGCCCUGAAGAGUCCAAAGAGAAGAUGUGUGAGAACACAGAGCCAAUGGAAAGUUCUUCUCAAACCACCACAACCGUACAAGCAACAACCACAAAAUUCAGGGUCCUAACGACCACCAGAAGAGCAGUGACAUCCCAGCUGCCCACCAGCCUGCCCACAGAAGAUGAUACCAAGAUAGCACUGCAUCUAAAAGAUAAUGGAGCUUCUACAGAUGACAGCGCAGCCGAGAAGAAAGGGGGCACCCUUCAUGCUGGCCUCAUUGUUGGAAUUCUCAUCCUGGUCCUCAUUAUAGUCGCAGCCAUUCUCGUGACCGUCUAUAUGUAUCACCAUCCAACGUCAGCAGCCAGCAUUUUCUUUAUUGAGAGACGCCCAAGCAGAUGGCCUGCAAUGAAGUUUCGAAGAGGUUCGGGUCAUCCUGCCUAUGCUGAAGUUGAACCAGUUGGAGAGAAAGAAGGUUUCAUUGUCUCAGAGCAGUGCUAAAAUUUCUAGGACAGAACAGCACCAGUGCUGGCUUACAGGUGUUAAGACUAAAAAUUUGCCUAUAUCUUUAAGAUGCGCACACACCACACACACACACACACACACACACACACACACACACACAGGAGCCCUAAGCUGCUAUAGCCUAAAGGAGAUGAGAUUUCUGGACAAGCCCAGCCCUGGAAAG